AUGAUGCCGCGAUGGAUGACGACCCGUGGGCUACCACCUGAAGCUCAUGCGCGGACGACGACCUACGGCCUACCGCCUGAAGAUCAUGCGCCUUUUCGUGUCCAUUUAACAUUCAUGCUGGAGCUCCCCACGACUCGAUGUGAACUAUUGCUUUUAGACACUAGAGGACGUAGGGGCGGUCCGGUAACAAUGCCCCCACUAGAAUCCUUCAGCUCCUCUUUUAUAAAAACUUAUUUAGGUAUACAUAGGUAUUAUCAGGAGCACCAGAAAUAUUCGAAGCAAGAGUUUGUGAAUACUUUUGAAUCAUUAGAUAGUUUAGCAUUCGCAUUGCUAUCCUUAUAUCGAUGACUACACAUCAUAGUAAAUCUCGAUUGAGAUGAUUGUUCGAGUGGACAUGAUGAUAGAUAAAUAAACAUGAGUUUUGCGCUCGCUUAAGAUUGAAGUCACAAAAAUUCGUACCCACAUUAUUAUUUGUGAUACUAAGUAAUUACCAAAGUACCCCAGAGGUUUACUAUCUAUUUGAAUUCUAAGAAUUGAACAGUACUAGUACUUGUUGUAGAGCCCCCCUACCUAAGAAAAAAGAAACUCGAAAAGGUUGAGUACUAGUACCAAACAAUUUACAUUUACAUUUUUUUAGAUUCCUCGAUCGGACGAGUCCACGACUACUAGCUAUGAGAACGACAGCAGUUCUCUCUUGAAAUCGUGCUUCUCCAUGGAUUGUCCAAAUUGAUGAAAAUGGAGAUUCUCGUAAAGUCUAUGUGGUGAGGACAAGAACUGUCGAUCCUCGAGCUCCAUCGGGGGGGUAGACCUCCCUCGAAAGAGUAAGAACAAGCUUCGGCACUUCUUGGUUGAGUAUUGUAGUAUCUGCCUCACCUAUGAUGCUGUUUUACUAGGUUUAUGUUUAUCCGAUCAUCGAAAUGAAUGAACAUCCAUCUUGUAGUUUUCGUACUUGGUGACAAAAAAAACGAUCUCAAGAAGUCUGAAGGUUGAUUUCGAGAAAGAAAGAGCUAUGUGAGGUAACGCAUGACGAGACCUGCCUUCAUUUCGCUGCAGACGAUGAAUGUCAUUGACCGCUCCACCUGCCAAGAACAAAUGUUGAAGUCACACGAAAACAAAGAUCCUCGAUUUCUCGUGAUGUAGAAGAAUGUUUUUGCAGCUAUGUAUAUCUAAUCUUCUCAAGAACAUGUUGUCACCGUCGCGUCCGUUCACGUGUAAGAAUGUUGUCCAUCGCGACAAUAUUGGCUUUUGUAAAUAGACCACUCGGUUACCUAGUGGAAAAAAUUAGAGAACAAGGAUCGUUGGACAACUGCUUGGAACUAUUUAAAUUAAGUACUACAACAUCGGCAAACGGGAGGUUGCGAACCGUGCGGGCAGGUUUUCCGCAGGACUCUUUCUCGGUACUUGCUUUU